GCCCUCAUCAAAGGUUAGACGUAGUUGUCUCACCAGGAAGUCUUUGUCAUUCUCUCGCGUUAUCUUGACACUUGCAGUUGUUGCCGAAACAAGGAGCACGAUUUUUCGUACGGUUUAAUCGUCUUAUGGAGCCGCAUUACCUUGAUACAUAGCAAAGUGAUAAUUGCGUGACCAUUUCUGUUAUACGCGAGUGUGAGACAUGGAAGAGGGACCGUAGUUCCUUUUUUGGAAACGAUUUCCAAUACAUCCAUUACUAGAUUUAAACGGACUGUAAAUGUAGGCUAAUUGGAUUGUAUCUGUGUCUAUCUAUUAGUAGGAUUUAAUCCCGUCCACUACGAGACAAGUCAUUUGGAAAAAUGGAGGAGGACAUUGAGUAUACGAAAUUGCCUUUAGAGGAGCGCUGUGUGCACAAGUCAUGGAAGGCACGAUUACACGGUUAUGAGGAAUGCACAAAAACGUUUCGUCGCAUAGAUGAUGAAAAAUCACCAGAGUGGAAUAAAUUCAUUGGACUAGUAAAAAAGUUUGUCGUUGAUAGCAAUGCGGUUGCCCAAGAGAAAGGUUUGGAAGCAACGCUAGCAUUUGUUGAAAAUGCCGCGGCAGCUUCAAAAACUGUCAGUGACGUAAUGAGCGGUAUUGUCACUAAAUGUAUCGCUGCACCCAAAGCAAAGACAAAGGAUUUAGCUGUACAGAUAACACUCAUGUAUAUAGAAAUAGAAAAGCAAGAUGCAGUACAAGAGGAAUUGUUGAAAGGCACCGAGGCAAAAAAUCCAAAGAUUGUCUCCGCUUGCAUCUCUGCACUGACUUUGUCCCUCAGAGAGUUCGGUCCCAAAGUUAUUAACAUUAAGCCACUGAUUAAGAAAAUGCCAAGUUUCUUGGAGGACAGAGAUAAAACUGUUAGAGACGAAGGGAAAGCCAUGGUCAUUGAAAUAUACAGAUGGAUUGGAGCACCUUUGAAACAACAACUUAGUACCUUAAAGCAAGUACAAUUAACAGAAUUGGAAACUGAGUUUGCACAGAUAGAAAAAAGCACGGUUGCUCCAACUCGCUACUUAAAGUCCCAGAAAUCAAAGAUUAGGGCCGUUGCAGAGUCAGGUGCUAGUGCUACCCACGAAGGUGGCGAAGAGGAAGAUGACGAUGCUUCCGCCUCGGAAAUAGAUCCUUACGAACUAUUGGAACCUGUCGAUAUUCUUUCCAAACUUCCAAAGGAUUUCUUUGAGAGCGUUGAGGCAAAAAAAUGGCAGGAACGAAAAGAGGCAUUAGAGGCUUUGGAAACUUUAGUCAAGAACCCAAAACUAGAAAACGGCGACUACGGUGAUGUAGUGCGAGCUUUGAAAAAGAUGAUCGCAAAAGACUCAAAUGUGUUAGUAGUUGCCUUAGCAGGGAAGUGUUUAGCUGGUCUAGCAUCAGGACUGAAAAAGCGAUUCCAACCAUAUGCUUUAGCAUGUCUACCUGUGAUUUUAGAGAAGUUUCGUGAGAAAAAACAAAAUGUUGUACUAGCCCUUCGCGAGUGCUGUGAUGCUAUAUUCCAAAGUAUUGCUAUCGACGUUAUGCUGGAGGACGUGGUAGCUGCAUUGGAGAAUAAAAAUCCCGCAGUGAAAGCUGAGACCGCUGCUUUCAUGGCACGUUGCUUCGCCCGAACAUUACCUUCGACUUUGAAUAAAAAAUUAUUGAAAGCAUAUACCGGGGCACUGCUAAAAACUUUGAACGAACCAGACCCAACUGUUCGAGACAAUUCUGCGGAAGCCCUUGGGACAGCCUUGAAGUUAGUCGGUGAAAAGGCAAUAUCACCAUUUCUUACCGACUUAGACAAUUUAAAGAUGGCAAAGAUCAAAGAGUGUGCGGAUCAAGCCGUGAUUCAGGUGAAGAUGCCAGUGGUUAGAAAGGCGCCGAGUGAGAGACCAAACACGGCGCCGGCAAAAAUAGAGUCACCUGUAAAGUCCAAGGAAUCUGAAAAUCAAGGAGCACCCAAAGCAGGCAAGAGGCCAAAUACCACGGCGACUAAAAAGGGUCUCUCCAAGAAAUCCACAAAUUCUUCGCUCACGAAUCUAGGUGGAACCAAGAAAUCUAACGCAACAAAGGUUCAAGUCGAGAGAAAUCUUAGUAGUGAAGAGGUGGAUGAAUUAGCUGCGCAAACAUUACCCAGCGAUGUGAUCUCUGGACUUGUCGAUAGCAACUGGAAAACACGUUUGGCUGCUGUCGAACAACUGUCAGAAGCAGUGAAACUCAUGGAUCCAGCGGAAGUGUCUACGCAGGUCAUUGUCAGGACCCUGGCCAAAAAACCUGGGUUCAAGGACACGAAUUUCCAGGUUCUCAAGCUUCGACUGGAAAUUGUCAAAAUGCUCGCAGAGAAUUAUCCUUUCUCCAGCACCGUGUCGGAGUAUUGUAUCAUGGAUAUCACGGAGAAACUUGGCGACGGGAAAAAUAGUGCCGUGGCGAGCGACACGCUCAUGGCUAUUGCCGAGGCGACGAGUUUCGAGCUCGUGGCAAACGAAACCAUAGCAUUCGCUUUCAAUCAGAAGAACCCGAAGGUUCAACAGGAGACUCUCUUGUGGCUAUCCAAAGCCUUGCUCGAAUUCGGUUACACAAUCAACGCGAAGUCGAUAAUGGAAAAUAUCAAGAAAGCAGUGGGCGCGACGAAUCCUAGCGUGCGCACAGCAGCGAUUACGUUAGUAGGAACUCUGUACAUGUACAUGGGCAAGCCCCUCCUCAUGUUCUUCGAGAACGAAAAGCCGGCCUUGAAGCAGCAAAUUGAACAGGAGUGCGAAAAGAAGAGGGAAACGCCGCCGGCACCCGUGCGUGGACUUAAAAGUAAAAAGGGCAGGGUGGAGGAAGACGAGGACGGAGAACCCGACGAGAAAGUUGGCGGAAGUCAGUCGAACAUUUCCGAUCUCUUCCCCCGGGUCGACAUCAGCAAUCAAAUCACCGAAAGCUUGCUCGCCGAGUUGUCUGACAAGAACUGGAAGGUUCGUAACGAAGGUCUACAAAAGAUAGCCGGGAUUCUCAACGAGGCGAAAUUCAUAAAAGGAUCUAUCGGGGAUCUGCCGCAAGGAUUGGCAUUGCGACUGGUCGACAGCAACAGCAAGAUCGCCCAAUCCACUUUGGGUCUCUGUCAGGCUUUGGCCACCGCCAUGGGCCCCUCUGCCAAAACUCAUAUUCGCACCCUCUUCCCUGGUUUCGUUCAAUGCCUGGGAGAUUCCAAGAACUGGAUCCGCACCGCCGCUAUUUCCUGUAUCAACACCUGGGGCGACCAGUGCGGCUACAAAGAAUUCUUCGACGGCGAGAUUAUCGGCGAUGCCCUGAAGACUGGUUCACCGACUCUCAGAGCAGAGCUGUGGAUCUGGCUUGCCCAGAAAUUACCCGGAAUACCGGUCAAGCAAAUACCGAAGGACGAGCUUACCGCGUGCAUUUCCCAUUUGUACAGCAACUUGGAAGACCGCAACUCCGAUGUGAGGAAAAACGCCCAGGAGGCAGUUUUGGGAUUCAUGAUCCAUCUGUCCUACGAAGCCAUGAGCAGGAGUACGGAGAAAUUAAAGCCAGGGUCUAGAACCGCGGUAUUGGCAGCCCUGGACAAGGCAAGGCCCAAUCUACCGAUUAAACCUCUGCCCUCGAAGAAGCAAGCAUCCGAUGACGGCUCGCAGCAGAAAACCGUAAAGAGCGGAGGCGCCGUGAAGGCGAAUAAAGCCGCGGUCAAGACAAAGGGCGCGUCCUCGUCGAAGCCCAGCAGUGCCCGCAAGAAGGACGAAGACGUCGACACGAGCCCGCUGCUGGCGACGAACAAUCUGAAGCACCAGAGAGUAAUCGACGAGCAGAAGUUAAAGGUCUUGAAGUGGAACUUCACUACACCUAGGGAAGAAUUCGUGGACUUGCUGAAGGAACUGAUGUCGGCCGCUAACGUGAACAAGACGUUGAUGGCGAACAUGUUCCACUCGGACUUCCGGUACCACCUCAAGGCGAUCGAAGCUCUGACGGAGGAUCUGCCCGGCAACAGUAAGGCCCUCGUCUCAAAUCUUGACCUCAUAUUGAAGUGGUUGACGCUUCGAUUCUUCGAUACGAAUCCAUCGGUAUUGCUGAAAGGCUUGGACUACUUGCAAACCGUUUUCAAUCUGCUGAUCGAGGAUCAGUAUCACAUGCUGGAGAACGAAGCUGCCUCGUUCAUUCCUUAUCUAAUUAUUAAGAUCGGGGAUCCCAAAGACGCCGUUCGGAACGGUGUUCGAGCCCUCUUCAAGCAGAUCGCUUUAGUAUAUCCUGUUAGCAAGCUGUUCUCCUACGUCAUGGAGGGCUUGAAGUCUAAAAAUGCUAGACAGAGAACCGAGUGUCUUGAUCAGCUCGGGUCUCUGAUCGAGAAUUAUGGAGUUCCCGUUUGCCAGCCGUCUCCCUCGUCUGCUUUGAAAGAAGUUGCUAAACAAAUAGCUGACAGGGAUAAUUCCGUGCGAAAUGCAGCGCUCAAUUGCAUCGUCCAAGCCUACUUCCUCGAGGGUGAACGAGUCUAUAAACUGAUUGGGCAGAUAUCUGAGAAAGAUCAGUCAUUGCUGGACGAGAGAAUUAAAAGAGCUGCAAAGAAUCGCCCAGUAAAGUCAGCUUCAUCGGCGAGGAUAGUGGUGCCACCAAUUUCUACAAAUGCCCCUGCGACAGAGGAAAUGGAGGAUGACUACGAAGAAGAGGAGGAGAACGAAGCUCCGGAGCAGGAAGUCGAUGUACUCAACGAUGGGGACGAUAGUAAAGAUAAUCAACCCGAGAAGGCCGAAGAUAUGACUCUUGUCAAUAAGGAAAACAAUGAGGAAUCGCAAUCGCCGACUGCGACAAAAAAUGAGGGAAACAAGGACGAACGGGUUGAAGCUUCGGCAGAAUCGGAAUCUCAAUCUGAACAAGUCACUCGCGAAGCGGAAAAUAAGACAAAUCCCACGCCGAUGCAAACGAAAGUAUCAGGACCCUUUGGCCUCGACAUGGAUCUGCUGCAGAGGAUCGAGCUCAGUGCUCCUGUCAAGUAUCGGUACCCUAAGCUACUGACUCCAGAUUUCUCCGAACCAGUAAAUUUAGCUCCUCCGCCAACUCAAACAAUUUUGAUGUCACCGCCGAAGCUCUUAAUUCCUAAAUCUUCGUCUGUAUCUCCCCUGGGACAAUCGGCUACUAAAGAGGAGAGUCUGGAGCGCAAUAUUCUUGCAAUAGCCAGCCCGGAUUUGCCGACUGCCAUUCAGGCUAUGAAUAGCAUAGAUAACUUAUUGAAGUCGCAUCAGUUCAGUAUGCUGCAGUCGAGGGAGGACAAGUUCAUCACUUCUUUGAACCUGCAACUCAAGCUUCUUCAGACGUAUCCUCUCCACCAGGGAAGCGUCGACGUGUCCAAGGGCUUCCGAAAUGCCUUCAUGGUGAUACUUUCGUUCUACGAAUCCGGGGUCUUGGGGAAGAACGUACCGGCGGUGCACCUGAAGGAGCUCAUUGAUCAGAUGAUCUGUUUGUUGGCCGAGAAUAAGCUGGACCGGCUGAACGAAGCGGAAGCUUACAACAGGGUCAUCAACAACAUCGUCAUGAAAUUGAUAGAUCAUUCUAAUCACACGACCAUCAUAUGCGUGCUAAUCCAAUUGUUACACGGCUGUGCGGAAUCGAAUGCUCCUUCCAAGUACGAAGACCUGGUGAUGAAGUGCUUGUGGAAGAUAGUAAAGACUAUUCCAAAUUGGGCCGCCGACUUGGAAUACGAUAACAUACUCCUGGAGGUGCACCACUUCUUCAAGGAUUACCCUUCGUCUUGGUGGAAGAAACGAAAGCCUGACACAGCCUUGCGUACGGUUAAAACCGUGCUUCACAGUAUGACCAAGGUUAAGGGCAGCACGAUUUUAAGUCACUUGACGUUGAUAAGUAACACGAACGAAUCCGAACUACAUUCCUACCUGAUGAGACUUAUCGCGACCUUCAAGCCCGACGAGGUUAACGCAAUGUCGAGGCCUUCUUCUAAGGCGAGCAACCCAAGCCGGACCCAGAAACAUCUUUCGAAGUUGACUCAUCAACAAUUGUCGGAGAUAUUCAAAAAAAUUGGAUCCAAGCACCACACGCAAGAGGGCUUGGUACAGCUUUACGACUUCAAGCAGCAGAAUCCUGAAGCAGACGUUCAACCCUUCCUGAUGUCAUCUCAUCAGCUUUUCCAAGACUUCAUCGAGCAGGGACUCCGAGAUAUCGACCAAGCGAGGAAGAAUCAAGGACUCAUAUCCCAGGCCAAUAAUCAGUAUGAACCUUCCGAACCUCCCGCCCCGGUUGCAGAGGAGAAAAGACUAAUGGAUCCCAUGCUCAGGCUGGAGAAAUUGAGAGCGCUCGAGGCCCAGUGUAGAACCACUGCACCGAGCCAUUCCAAUCCGACAUGAGUCCAAGAUGAACGCACUUUCGUACUACUUUAGGUUUCGAUUAUUCAAAGAUAACGCGUAGUCGAGGAACAUCCUAUUUAUGGCGUCGCAUCGGAAAGCGUACAAGUAAUUCAGCAUGCAUCGUAUCGUACUUACGGAUCGGUCAGGGGGAGGCCUAGGUAAAUGGUAACGAUUGCGACAUGUCUCGUUGGGGUUUUGUUGUCUUUUUCUUUCUUUCAAUCAGGCUAAGGUCUUUUCGUUAACGCGAGUAGAGGAGGAACGCUCCCUUCGCAGGAUCACCAGUGCAUGAAACAUAAAGGCACGUAUUAAUAAUCAGUGCAUGAGCAGAACAGUUUAUAAUAAUGUACGUAAUUGCUAUAUACCUUCGACGUCCAGUGCGAGAUUAACAGUAGCUCGACUUCACCUCGUGGUUACAUGUAUAGUUGAUACUAUUAUUAAUAAUAUUAUGUAACGUUCAUGUGUUAUGCCAGCCGUAUUUAUGAAGUAUAGGAGCAGAGAAGGAUAUUAAAUUCUGUAAUAACAGACGGAGUCCACGUUGGUUUCAGACUGAGUUAUUUGUAGCUGAUUUUAUAUCGUUAUUUUUUUAUAAUAAACACUUCGUCUUUUUUAA